GAAAACAAAACGUCAAAAGUUGUCAACUUACUUAUUUUUUUUAUUGUUUUCUCCUCAACAAAAUCAGGCAGUAACUAAAGGGCAAUGAAAAUCUCGGCUGGCUCCAGGGAAGAUGGAUAAAUACACAGUGGACCUAGAUCAAGUUCUCAACGAUUUUGAGUACUCAGAACUCACAGAUCAGCAGGCAAAAAGUGUGCCCGACAGGCCGCAGCAUGCAGUUCCACUCCAGCCAGUGGUUAAACACAGUAUCAACAAUGUGUUCCAUAGUUUAAACGAGUAUAUCAACAGUGGUAUUAGUAGCGCAACAUUACUAGUGGAGAGUCCAGACGAGCCUGGCCCCAGUGACAAUAAUGUAGAUUUUAAUAAUAUACAUCUGGAGGAACAUCCAAGCAGUGUGGAAGUUGUUCCUGCUUCAAAAACAGAAGACCAGCUCGAUGAGGCUGAAGCACCAGCAGAAGAACUUGGUGUAAAUAGAAGUGAAGCUGACAGGACACAUCAGGAAACCCAGCUGGUUCUUUUGGAAGAUGUGGACGAAAGUAGUUUGGAACCUGUCCAAACAACCCAGCCUAUCGCCGGAGUGGCAGAUGAUUCGGACUCAAGCGCUGUCUAUUGUAGGAAGACUGAAAAUUUAGAUUAUUCGCUGUUAGACUUGGAAGACAGUCCCAAACCGACCCCAAGCAGUAUCAAUGAUAAUCUUGAAUGUGAUAUAAAUGUUAAUGGAAAGGCUGAUAAUUCCUUAGAUAACAAUACGACUUGUAAUGGGGACAAGGAAAUUGAUGCUUUGUGUCCGGAAGAUUCCACCGACCAAAAGGAGGAUGGGCACAGUGAAGACCUGCUGGUGAAGAUAGAUGAAGAUGAAAGUUUUCAGAGCGCAACCACCGAUAAGUUUGAACAUUUUGUGAUUGAACCGGCCAAGAGUCCUUAUGCCUUGGGAAUAGCGGAUGUUCAGCAAACGGAGAGUUCUACUCCUGGAAUUGAGCUGGAAGGAGUAAAAGGAGUAACUGUACAGGAAGAGGAAACCGCUGUUGUCCACUUAGAAGAGGCUAGUGAAGAUGUUGAAAUAGAACCUGCUGCUGAAGAAGGAAGAGCGACUGUUCAAGGCUCUGAUGAGGAAGUGCCAUGUAAUCCUGAGGUGGAUCUGGAGGAAAACUGUGCAAAAAGUGAGCCAAGUGAACUGCCAACAGCGUCGGUCGAGCCUGAAGUGGCGGCAAAAAUUGCGUCAUUUUCUGCCGAUUUGGAGAUCGAUGAAAACGAGCUGAAUAAGAUGUUGGAAGACUUGGAAUUGGAGGAGCAAGAAGGCGCUGAAGAGAAAGUCGAAGAACUACCAGUUGUUGACACUAUUGACCAGCGGGAAAUCAGUGAACAGUCUGCAGGUGUGAGCGCACUUGUUACCAGCCAAGACGCUGAAGUUGUCCCGCUGGCUGACGAUCUGGAGAGCAAUCCCGCAGUUGAAGAACCAUUGGCCAAAGAAAACCAGCCUCCUAUGGAAUGUUUGGAGAUGGAACGUCCGAAGAAAAGUACAACGUCCAAAGUGGAGAAGCUGGAACAAGAAGCAAGGAAGGAACCAGACGAAGAACCGCCGGCCAUCAGGCCGCAGAAUCUUCCCCUGAACAACCAAGCCAAAGAGGAGCAUGUUGAGCGGAAGAUUGACUUAAUCGGCAGUCCAGGUUCCACUCCAUACAACAACGUUUACAUAAACAAAUCAAUCGAACCCAAAGGCACACACGAUAACGAAUUCGACUACACUAGUUCUGCGAGUCCGACUUUUUCCGACUGUAGCGCGGAUAGCACCAGUACAGCCAGUACAGUUUCCAUUGAAGAUGCGCCGAACACUACGAAGAAUCCUGCCGGUAUCAAGAACACCAAUGCGGAUCAACAGCCUGUGGAUGCAGGAGACAAACAAGAUCAGCAGCCUGUGGCAACAGGAGCCACCAAGAGUGAAGAAUCAAGCAGUGAAGGCGCGGAAAGAGUCACUAGUACCACUUUGGAUGGCUCCAGAGACAGUGAAACAUUUGCGGGUCUAUCAGGUGAUUCGCAAUUGGGCAAAGCGGCUCCUCUGUGGAUUCCAGACGCUGAUGCUGCAUCUUGUCUGCACUGUGAUAUGAAAUUUACUGUUAUAAAAAGGCGGCACCAUUGCAGAGCCUGUGGAUUGGUUCUGUGCUCAAAGUGUUGCGGCCUAAAGUUCAGGCUGGAGUAUUUGGACGCGGAGGCGCGGGUUUGCAACAAAUGCCACGACAUUCUCAACCAGGAUGCAGCGAAUAGUGCGGGACCUGAGAGCAAUCCUGCAGAAACUGCGCAAUCAUUCAGGCCCAAUCCAAACAACCCACUCGAGUAUUGUUCGACAGUGUCGCCGCUGCAGCAAGCUGGUCAGGAUGGCGCUCCUCCACCCUCCGUGAUGGUACCAGUAGGGGUGCUGAAAAGAAAAGGUUCCAACAAGAAGUCGAACAAAUCGGUGAUGUUUUGUGAUGGAAUAGCGCCGGGAAGCGAUUUGACCAUUCUGGAUCAGGAUUUCAACUACAAUUCAGCCUCCAAGACGCCCAAACCGGUUGAAAAGGCGGAGCAACCGAAGAAGACGGAAGAAAAAAUCGCGCCUCCGGUUGCGCUGCCCGCACCAAAGAUCAGCCGGAGUCUGCCGAAGAUUGAUGAUAGUACGGGGUGUUUUAUUCCGCGCAAUGAAACUAGUUUGCCUCCCACGGUGUUGAUCAGUAAAACAGAUUUGGUGUAUUCAGACUGUUCGAACACGCAAAGUGUGGUGGAAGUGUUGAAGACCGAAGUCCUAACAUUUGCGAUCAAUCAGAAUCUUUUUGUGCGUGUGCGUGUUAUUAACAUGAGUUGCUGCAUCAACAAAUACGCCUGGUGUUUCUGCUCCGAAGGCCUCAUCAAUGUGGGAUGCGACGAAGUCGUCUAUCUGAUCGAAUACAUCGAUGAGGAAAGCUUUGUGCCCAAAGAUGUGUUUUUCCACAUCCAGAACGUGUAUUUGGAUGCAGUCAAAGGCACCGCUGUGAACGAGCUGGGGAUUUCUUUGCACAACACUUUCAAUUUUCUCGAUUCGCGUAAUCAUGCGGGUUUCGUCUAUAUUAAGCCAUCCUUUCAGUGCUUGGAGAACGUCUUAGUUCCGAAAAACGAACCCUAUUUGAUAGGCAUAUUGAUACACAGAUGGGAAACGCCUUGGGCUAAGCUGUUCCCUUUGCGAUUGAUUCUGCGCUUAGGGGCGGAUUAUCGGUAUUAUCCCAGCCCGUUGAUUUCCACCAGGCACCGGGACAGUGUUUUUGUGGAAAUUGGACACACCAUUAUUAAUCUACUAGCUGAUUUUAGAAACUUUACCUACACCCUGCCCCAGAUUAGGGGGCUGUAUAUCCACAUGGAAGGGAAAAAGACCACGAUUACCAUUCCAAAGAACCGCUACGACUUGGUGAUAAAGUCAAUAAACAAUACGAGCGAGCACAUUUUGGCUUUCGCAGGCAAUUUCAGUCCUGCGGCCGAUUCCCAUUUGGUUUGCAUUCAGGACACUCAGGGGCCCCAAAACAAUUACAGCACUCAUGCGAUAAAUAUUCAUAACAUGCCCCGGAAAGUAACGGGGGCCAGUUUUAUAGUGUUUAAUGGGUCGUUGAAGAGCAGCAGCGGCCUGACGGCCAAAUCCAACAUAGUGGAGGAUGGGCUGAUGAUUCAAAUUCGGCCGGAAAGCAUGGAGAAAAUCCGCGAUGAUUUGCGCAAAUUGAAAAAUCACACUGUCUCUUGCGGGCUGGUCAACGCCACGAAUUCGGACGACAUCGAGACUGUUAACAUCGUCUGGGGAGAGAACGAUUGCGACUUUAAUGUUGGAGUGAAAUCGCCCGUGGAUUUAGCCGACAUGCACGGAGUUCCCUCCAUUCGAGUCCAUAAUGGAAAGGACUACUUUUGCUCCAAUGGCUCGCGACUCAUUAGAUGGACCGAAGUCUUCAUUCUACAGAGCGACGAAGAGAAUCCACGCAACCAAGAUCCACUGGAUGUUUCCAAGGUAUCGGAGAGCGUAUCAAAGGCCUGUUGUACUGCGCUGCUGAAGUACUUGGAUCUCUUGGUCGCCAACAAUUGCCAAAAGAUCGGAGUUCGGGCCACUUUGCAUGUGGAAAAUGUUUCCUAUUCGGCAGGCAGUAACGGGGUGAAACUCGCUCCGAUCUACAUGCGCAGUCUUGAUAACGAACUAAUUCCGGUUUUACACGGAAUAACUUCGAACAAUCUCGGCAAUAAUGCGAUCGUUCUGGAAUUGAUCUUCCGCAUUCUAAACGCAUAGGAUUCCCCUUAGAGUGUAAGGCAGUUUGAGGUAAACAAAAGGAAUAUUUUAUAUUUGUUGUUGUGUGGUAAGCGCGCAUUUUGGGGCUUUCGACGAACAGAACGAAUGAACAUUUGCCUAAUGUGCCGUCAUUAAAAAUAAGGCAAAUAUAAAUUUUCAUUCGUUCGUCCGUACGUUCGAAAUGCGCUCUUAACUUAAGUAUUUGUUGGACACUUGCGGUAUUAACUUCCAGACAUCGACAGUGAGAUGUACAGCGGCUUAUUGGUUAAGCCAGAUUUGCUUUUAUAUUUUCACGUUAAUUUUGUGCUAAAUUGUUGUGUUAUUUUGGAAGGAAAAAACGUCGGGAGGCCGAAAAAACAUUCUCAAAUCGUGCCUCAAUGGAAAAGUUUUUACCGUACUGUUAGUGCAAAUUUUAUUAUUUAUUGUCAGCGCUUCAAACACAAAAGGUGUCUUUAUGACAUGCAAUGGCCCGAUGGCUUUCUGCACGGUGUUAAUAUUAAUUUUAUAUUGGAAAAGUUGCCCAGAAGUAUUGGAGAAAAGGGCUCGAUAAUCGAGUGGAGGAAAAUUGUGUGUGAUAUUCAACUAAUAAUUAAGCGAAUAGUGCAAUGAAUCUGAUAGGCUGGAGUUAGAUGCUGGCUUUUAUCUAUUAUAUGUAUAUUAUGUUUUAAUUGUAUGCUAUCAAAGUUACUUAAAUCAUCAACAGUU